AUGAAGUUACGAAACGUGAUUCAAAACGGAAUUCGCAACUUUUCCACCGGAAAAAUCGUGUUUUCUAGAUUCAGAAGUGCGACCACGCCGACGUUGAAAGAAAUCGGUCUUCUUCUCCCAUCGACGAACGCGGCGCCAUUCGAAGCCGGUCAAAUCUUCAUUCAUCGAACAUUCGCCUACAAAGGAGUCGUCGUUUGCUCAUUUCCCUGUCGUCUUCACGAGAAACGCAGUCAGCAAAACGAGAAACAUUUGACGACGAGGGAUUUCUAUCAGGUGUUGAUUCAUCGUCACGAUUGGAGUCAUAUGGGUUUUCCGGUGGAUAUUACGUCGUAUUUGGUGGAUGCGCCAAUGGAAAAUAAGCGACACGGACAGAAAAUGUUGACUUUAAUCAACGGAAUGGACUGUGUGUCUCAUGAAGAUAUCAUUCCGUUCACUCCAGCUGGAGGUGUUAAUUUCGAUCACGACCUGUUCGACCAUAUAUUCAACGCGGCACACGAUGGAAGUGGUCUCUACAAUGUUGCUAUGAAGCCAGAACUCGUCGAAAGGUACACGAAUUCCAAUCGAUCAUGGUUGGGACCGCGCGAUGUCUAUCGGGAAAGAACCGAGAAUAUCGAGGUGACUGUGAUGACGUUCUAUCUUGGAGCGAAUAUGGUUGGAGGACAGCAGCAACACAUGUGGAGAUAUGUCAUCCGAAUUGAGAAUAAGAAGCCGGAGCAAGGAGUGAUUUUGAGGGAGAGGACGUUGAAGGUGUACUCGUUAAACAAUAUGAAUCAGAUGCAUGGACAUGGCGUUGUUGGAAAACAACCGGAAUUGAAUGCGGCCACGCCGGCGUUCCAAUUCAGUAGCACGCUGGAAUUGAAGCAUACGAAAGGAGGUCAUAUGUGGGGACGAUUCAAAAUGGAGAGGGAGAACGGUGUGCUCUUCGAUGUUCAUAUUCCAACAAUCGUUUUUGAGUCGACAGAAGAGAUUAAUGAGACACCAAUUGCCGCUCCGGAUGCUGCAUAA